AGGGAGAAGUAUCGCUCUAAAAAGACCAUUCUGCAUCCCCAGUCCUCUAGAAACUGAGACUCCACAGCGCAUCCUCUCUCUCAUUCCUUCUUCCUACCCUCUCCCCUCCUGGCCAGGUCUCUUUUAACCACCUGAUGAAAGGCCUGGGACAAAAGCCUUUUUACACAUACCUCAUUGCAGGCGGCAACAGACUUUUAUUACCUACCUGGCCUUGUAGGUAUUUGAGGUCUAUCGUGGCCUCUCAGGAACGGACAGAAGACAGUGCUCUACAUGGGAUUGAUGAGCCGAAGAAGGUGGCUGCUGGGAAGAAGAGAGUCAUUGCCAUAGGCAUUUCUGUAGGACUCUCUGCACCCUUUGUGGCAGGCCAGAUGGACUACUGCAUGGAUAACACAGCAGUCUUCUUGCCAGUCCUGGUUGGCUUCAAUCAG